AUGGCUGCUCCAAGAAAGAAGACUCAAAGAAAGAAGAAGGAUCCAAAUGCUCCAAAGAGGGCUUUGAGUGCUUACAUGUUCUUCGCCAACGAAAACAGAGAUAUUGUUCGUGCUGAAAACCCUGGUAUCACUUUUGGUCAAGUUGGUAGAAUCUUGGGUGAGAAAUGGAAGGCUUUGAACGAAGAUGAAAAGGCUCCAUAUGAAGCUAAGGCUGAAGCUGACAAGAAAAGAUACGAAUCCGAGAAGGAAUUGUACAUUGCCACCAAGGCUCAGUCGGAAUAG